AGAUCAACAUCCAGCAUUUAUGUGCCUAUUCACAGAACUGGGCUCCGAGUUACUUGAAGGUACAUGAAGAAGCAGUUCAACAAGUGGAAGGACAAAAUGCAACUUCUUCACAACCGCCAGGAAGAAAAAAGCUGCAAAAUAGAGGCAAAGCUCCAAAGCCUGAGAGCAAGUCAUGAAAACCUGCAAAUGAAGCUGCAGCAGAUGAAACAAGAAACAGUGUUACAGUCAUCAGAGCAUCCUUUUGCACAGUGUCAGAAUAUGAUGCCAAGAAAUCCACAUAUCCUGCUGGAAAGGAGAAUGCAAGGUGGAUUAAAUCCUGCUCAAAUAAGAUCUACUUCCAGAACAUGUGUGGACUGGAAAUCUUUGAAUCCUCCCAGCUCUGCUGAUAGAAUGCAGCUUGUACAGAUGCCUGUGGUUCCCACUGCAGUGGACUUUAUGUUCUCAGAAGACCCACUGGAGUCAGUGUCCCUGCAGAAUGACAGAUUUUAUAUGGGACAGUAUAAAAAAGCAAAAGAGAAUCAAACAUACCUGCCUGAAUCGACAGAAAAUUCCCUCAGUGGCAUCGUGAGGAAUAAAGUUCUUACCCCCACUGCAGUGCAGGUAUCACCUGAUGAGAAUGAAGUCAGUGAGGAAGAGCAACUGCAGCAGCUAGUGAUGAAACUGAAGAAUGCAUUGUCUCUCCAAGCCCAACCAGCUCAACAGUCUGUUUUGCAGCAGGAGUUCUUCUCUACAGCUGAACGUGUUUGCAGUUCCUUUUCUGACCUCAUCAACCAAGUAACUUCAAGCUUGUAAAUGAUGGAAAAGACCAUUCUCCUUACAGCUUCACUGAACUAUUGA